AUGCCACCAGAUGGAGCUGAUCCAGUGACGCGUGACUUGUCCAAGAUCUUCUGCGAAAGAGCAUCCUUCGAGCUAAAGGAGGAGGACGUCGUGGCCUACAGGAACCAUAUCAAGCUGCAGGCAGCCAAUGUGGCUGCAAAGACGCAGGAAGAGGAGGAAUACCGAGUCUGGAAGGCAAAGUACCCCUGCCUCCUGGAUGCGUUCCCAGACUUUGCGGCGCAGGCGACUGCAAAACGGGUGGCAGUGUUCCUGGACUACGAUGGCACGCUCACGCCCAUCGUGAAGAACCCGGACCGAGCCUUCAUGUCUGAUCAGAUGCGCGAUGCGGUGCGCAAUGUGGCGCGGCUGUUUCCGACGGCGAUCAUCAGCGGCCGGGGCCGCGAGAAGGUGGAGGACUUCGUGCGCCUCAAGGAGCUCUACUACGCUGGCAGCCACGGCAUGGACAUCAUCGGGCCCAGGAAUGACGGUGAUGAGGACGGCAGCAAGCUUGCCUUUCAGCCAGCUGCGCGCUUCGGCCCCGUCAUGGACCAAGUGCAUGAUGACCUGGUGGCCAGGGUGGCGGGCAUAGCGGGGGCGACGGUGGAGCACAACAAGUUCUGCGUGAGCGUGCACUUCCGCAACUGCGAGGCGGACAGCUACGGCGCGGUGCUGGGCGCCGUGGAGACCACCCUGCGCGGCCACGACGAGCUGCACGCCACGCGCGGCCGCAAGGUCUUCGAAAUCCGGCCGCAGGCGCGCUCCCCUUCACCCUAUUUUGUGGAUUGGGACAAGGGGCACGCCCUGCUGCACCUGCUUGCGGCAAUGGGCUUGGAUGUGGACGAAGAUGUUCUGCCAAUCUACAUCGGCGACGACCGAACGGACGAGGAUGCGUUCCGAGCGCUGCGCUUGCGCGCCAAGGGCGGCCUCGGCAUCCUCGUCUCCUCCAAGGCGAAGCCGACGGAGGCGGUGUACACGCUGCGGGAUCCGACGGAGGUGCAGAUGUUCCUGUCAAGGAUCAUCGCCUGGGGCCACACGCCCGCCAAUGCGUGGCACCGCAAGCAGUCCUGCACCGGUUGGGCGCUGGACCCCUCCCUGGAGACCUAUCGCUCCAACGGUUACCUCACCCCCUCUGACGGCGGCGACACGUUGCGCAGCGAGGUGGAAAGCAGGGCGGCAUCCGCAGCCACUGUCCCGGACUUCCAGAGGGCGUCGUCCGACGGCGCGCGCAGCGCAUUCGGGCUGAAGAUCUCCCGGGGCAACUCUGGCAGCAUGGGCGCGAAGUCACCAAUGAUGCGCGCCGGCCGGCCACCGCUGGCGCCGUCAACGUCGUCGAGCGCCGCCUCCGGCAGCCUUCUGGAAGGCCUCAACCGGCCCAGCCCCAGCCGCAGCCCAGAGGCUGGGCACAGCGGUCAAGCGAACGGCGGCCCUGCUAUCCCUUCAGUGUCAGUGGACCUCGCUCAGCUCUCAAUGGGCAGCAACAGUGAUGAUCAAGUUGUUUCAGCGCUGACAGCAGCGGUGGCGAGGAGCGGCAUGACGGAGAGCGACUGUCCAGAACCGGCAAAGUUCCACCUCAUGAACGGGCUGUCGCCAUUCUCCAUCCUAUCUGGCCACCCAAAUAUGCUGGCGGCGUUUGGGCUGCCCGGGGAGGAGGGCGCGGGCACGGCGGAGGGCAGCAGCACACUCAGCGGCGCCUAUUCAAGCGGCGGUGACUCCAUGCACUUCAACGCCUCCGGCACCCUCGUCUCCGACAGCGAGUCCGGCAAGGCCGCCUGA